AUGAUCGACUGUGGUGAUGCGCUCCUGUUCUUCGAAGCGACUUCAUUUCCGUUCAAGCUCUUCCCGCCGAUCGUUGUUCAUUGCAAGACCAUUGUCGACCACACAGAGCGAACAGACAUCCACAAGUCAUGCAAAUCCAUCGAGGCCCUGCUCAACAUCCUGAACGAAUAUUGCGAAGCAGCGGGAGCCGUCGUCGCGUUGCAGAAGAAGCUGGCGAAAUCUCUGAAGGAUAUGGCUAGUCUGAAGACUACAGCAGAGACAGCAGCCAAUGCUAUGCACGCUAGUGCAGCUAUUUUCGAGUCCUUGUCCGACGUUGAUUCCAAAUUUGCCAAAAUUGCGGAUAAGGAGUACGAUGCCAUCAGCAUUGAGGUCAAGAAGUGGUUCAAGAAGCUCUCUAAAGAGGAACGCGCACACGAUGAACGGAUGGCCAGCGCCAACGCAAAGAUCAAGCAAGCAGGUCAAAAUUACGAGAAGAAGUCCAAGAAGAAGGCAACAGACGCGAGCGAGGAACAUGCAAGGUACAUCAACCUCAUCAGUACGCUUGGCCCUGAGGUCUCGCAAGAGAAAUAUAACCACACCCUCAACGUCACACAACGACAUACUGCCACAACUUACAGCGUUGCUGCCUGCCUUGCUCGUUUGGCAGACGUAGAAUGGCAAAAGUCUUGCGAAUGUGUACGCCGUUUCUCCCCCACCGUUGGCCCUCUAGGCAAUUGGAAGUCCCUAUGCGAGGGAGGCUGGACAGGCCCAAUACCGUCGGACCUGCCCGAUGUCGAGUUUUCCGGUGGGCAGCCAUCCCCUCGAGCUGAACAAGAGUCGGGAGGAUUGAAGCCUAUUGAAGAGGAAACGCGUCCUGGUCCGCCCACGUCGCCGAGAAUCACUCCAGAACCUCAAGCUUCACCGAAUCAAUCGCGGCACCCUCCUCCUGGAUAUUCAACUGGCCCUCCUUCUGCUUCAGCGAGUUCCAUGGAUGUUUCACGAGAGCAGUCGACUUCGACUCGCGAUUCUCCGACGCUCCAAAGGCAAGGACAGUCUCCCAUGACCAGCCUCAGCAACACGACCGAACGUAUCCCCGCCCCGCCGUCGUCGAAUACUCUUGAACCGCCAAGAGCUCCCUUUUUCGACCCCAAUACCGGAUCUGUUCGUUCAUUGUCAGCUUUCCCAUCACCUCCCACCCACUUCCCUAUACCACCAGCGCGCCCAAUCCAGCGUCAACAGUCAUCACUUUCUCAGUCUACCCAAGGCCAAGGACAGCUGGAAUUUCCUUCUAGCAACCAGCUUGCUGAAUCGCCAGUUUCAGCUCAUGCCGAACUUUCAGGGAUCAGUGACCUCGAUGAACCCCCCGCGAGAGCCGCAAAUCGCAAUGCCCAUGACGAACACUCCGGGGAGGUGCCCUCCCCCACAAAUGAUGAUGGGAUGAAGCCCAUCCUAAUGCGCUCGCAAACCUUGCUACCUGUUGAACCCAAUCACCAACGAGAGCGCGUCAUAUCGGCACGCAAUGAAAGAAGACACGAAGCCGUCGAUUCGAAGCAGGACAAGAAGCGUCGAAAUAGCGAGGAAAAUGUGAGAGAAUUCGGGGAGCUGAACCACACUCUCCCAUCAUCUUCACAGCCUAGGGCUGUCGAGCCACCUCGGCCUGUAGACAGAACAGAUGCAGGAGCGAGCAGUGGCAGUGUCGUUGCUGCGAUGCGGAACCGGUACUCAAAUGCCCCCACUUCGACUUCACCUCCACCGCGAGACCUGCCUCGAUUACCUCUUAGUGUCUCUAAUCUGGCUACACGUUAUCAGCCAAAUGAUGCACCUUUGUCGCCCAGAAUACGGGCGGGUUCACCUCCUGUGUCUCGUCAGCAGUCCUUGCCCUUACUUGACACGGGCGCUCGCUCGCCGAAAGAGGCGUAUCAGGAGUACCCCUCGUCAUCUUAUCGCCCUGGACAAGUCAUAUCGAAUCCAGAAGAGGACAGGACGCGCAGACAGCGACCAGAUGAAUUGGCCGAACUUCAGCGGAGGGAAAGAGAGCAGGAGCUAAGAGAACGCGAACUAGAAUUGGAGAUGCGUGCCCACGAGCUAGAGAAACAACGACAGCAGUUGCAAACUCUGCGUGACAGUGACCCAGAGAACGGCCGUCAGGCCUCUGGCCGGGGCGAUGACAGUAGUCAAAGCGGGCAGUUCGGCCUUCGGCCUAGGGAGCGCCGGAUAUCCCUUCGGUACCAGCUGCAACGGCCGUUGUCGCAGAUGGAGCUGGACGAUGUCAACGACCCCCAGCAUACCCCCAGACCUAGCAACAGCAAUGUUCGCGCAAAGUCUCAGUAUUCCCAUAGCAUCGGUAACCUCGUGUCCUCUGGCUUGCAGACGCCUCCGCCUAUGAUACAGCCAUUACAUUCCCCCAAACCAUCCCGUCCGAUGCCCCAGCCUCAAGACCUCGAAUACGACUCACGUGCCAGCGAACAGUAUCAAGACAGCACGUCUCAUUCAAACGCCAGCACCAGUACGUCAAACCAUGCUGCAUACUGCGGUUGUGAGUCUUGUUCUGUCAGCAAGUACAAGUCCGUCGAGCGCUCGUCCAUCGAUCAGCGGCAACCACCAUCGGGACGGAGUCCUCAGGUUGUUGAGGCAAAGGCUCAGACGCACCGCACCGAGAAACCAAAGGGGUGGAUUCGUCGCUUGAGCAUGCCCGUCGGAAAUGCGUUCAGCCUGGACUCGAAGAAACACCAGAGCAACAAUAACGUUGGUAGCAUUACGGGCAACUAUGCUCUGGGCAGCGGGGUGAGCAACAGCCCUGUAACCGAGAAGAGGAGCAUUUUCUCCAUGGACGGGAAGAAGAACAUCAGCCAGACGGCUCUCCGUACCCCUGAACCCAGUAUCCAAGAAGACGGUCGAUUGGGCGUUCGACCCGGCGGAGGUGCAGCUGGACGACGGAGCUUCGAGGCUAGCGGCAUCAGCAAUCGUAGCAUGACGAAUCUGGGGAGACAUUAG